CAUCUCCUAGUAUUGCAUCCUACAGAUGUGCCGUAAACAUCAAAAGAGGAUGGUGGGAGAAGGAGAUGCUGUUCUGGAAAGCAGCAAGGUCUAGACUUCUCCAUGCUAACCAUGAGUGUGACUCUGUCCCCACUGAGGUCACAGGACCUGGAUCAUCCCAUGGCUACGGACGCUUCACCCAUGGCUAUCAACCUAACACCCACCGUGGAGCAGGGUGAGGGGGAGGAGACAAUGAAGGACAUGGAUUCUGACCAACAGUAUGAGAAGCCACCCCCACUGCACACAGGGGCUGACUGGAAGAUUGUUCUCCACUUGCCAGAAAUUGAGACCUGGCUCCGGAUGACCUCGGAGAGGGUCCGAGACCUAACCCAUUCGGUGCAGCAGGACUCGGACAGCAAGCAUGUGGAUGUGCAUCUGGUUCAACUCAAGGACAUUUGCGAGGAUAUUUCUGACCAUGUUGAGCAAAUCCACGCCCUCCUGGAAACGGAGUUCUCACUGAAACUGCUCUCUUACUCCGUCAACGUGAUUGUGGACAUCCACGCAGUGCAGAUCCUCUGGCACCAGCUCCGAGUCUCAGUGCUCGUUCUGCGGGAGCGAAUUCUGCAAGGGUUGCAGGACGCCAAUGGGAACUACACCAGACAGACGGACAUUCUGCAAGCCUUCUCUGAAGAGGCAAAGGAGGGCCGGCUUGAUUCUCUAACGGAAGUGGAUGACUCAGGACAGUUAACUAUCAAAUGCUCUCAAAAUUAUUUAUCUCUGGAUUGUGGUAUUACUGCUUUCGAACUGUCUGACUACAGCCCGAGUGAGGACUUGCUGGGCGGCCUGGGCGACAUGACUACUAGCCAGGUCAAAACCAAACCUUUUGACUCUUGGAGCUACAGUGAGAUGGAGAAGGAAUUCCCCGAGCUCAUCCGCAGUGUUGGUUUACUUACCGUGGCCACUGACCCCCUCCCUCCCAGCUGCAGCAGAGAAGCUCCUGAGGAGGCUGCUCCAGUAUCUCUUUCAGCUGAGGCCAAAGGUGGACGCAAGGCAAACGGCGCUGCUGCAGCCAGUGAGCUCUCCCCCCACAUCUCCCCAGGACUGUCCUCUGUAGGGGAAGCUGAGACACCCGCUCUUCGACCCCCUUCUGAGACCACAAAGCGAGACUCCAGUUCCCCUUCUCAUCUUGGUGCAGAGGACCAACCGUCUCUUCCUUGUGAAAAUUCACCCCCCAAGCGAUCCAUCAGAGACUGCUUUAAUUAUAACGAGGACUCACCCACACAACCCACGUUGCCAAAGAGGGGGCUUUUCCUUAACGUGGAGAAUUUUAAGAAUGACCGAAAAAGUCAGGGUGGAAAGAAGCAGGUGGUUGAUCUGAAGCCCGAGCUGAGCAGAAGCACCCCCUCCCUGGUUGACCCUCCCGACAGAUCCAAGCUCUGCCUGGUCUUAAAGUCUUCCUAUUCCGACAGCACUUCGGCGGGGGCCAGCCAGUCCUAUGAGUGUCUCUACAAGGUGGGCAUUGGGAAUCUGGAAAGCACAGUGAAGAACCACAUUAAGGAGAUCUCAUCCAGCCUGGGAAGGCUGAGCCACUGCUGUAAAGAGAAACCUCAACUUACAAAGUCUCAGGAGAUUUCAGGAGAAGCGCCCCUGUGCCGAACACCCAAGAGGGGAAUCGACCCAGCUGAAAACAGUAAGAACUCAGUAGCACAGAAUGGAAUUCCCUCUUCUGUUUGCAAGGACACAGAGGGGCUGGAGACAGAUUUGGCUUUGACACCUUCCCUCGAGUCCUGCGUCCAGAGAAGUCGGGGUGGCAAGCUGCCGGCACAGGGAGAGACAUCCAGCUCACCACCUGGCACUCAGAGCAGCGAAUCACCUGCUGGCUCAGAUGCCCUUGUGUCUCCAUCACCCCUUCUUUCAAAACACAAAAGCAAGAAAAGCUGCACCUCUUCCCCAAGCCACGUCACCAGAAACGGUCAGGUUGUGGAGGCCUGGUACGGCUCAGAUGAGUACCUGGCGCUGCCCUCUCACCUCAAGCAGACGGAGGUCUUAGCGAUGAAGCUGGAAAACCUCACAAAGCUGCUGCCUCCCAAACCGAGAGCAGAGACCAUCCAGGAUAUUGACGACUGGGAACUGUCCGAAAUGAAUUCGGAUUCGGAGAUCUACCCAGCGUACCACGUGCCAAAGAAGCACACGAGGCUAGGCAGAGUGUCUCCGAGCUCAUCCAGUGACGUCGCCUCUUCCCUGGGGGAGAGCGUGGACUCGGGGCCCCUGAGUGACCUGCUUUCUGAUGAAGACCUAGGCCUGCCGCUCUCUGGCACGAAAAAACACGACGGCGGGAAGUCAGAGAGGGCUUCAUCCACAGAGAAAAACGAGAGCCGUUCUGUCACAAAGUCGGCUUUAAUUCAGAAGCUGAUGGCAGAUAUUCAACACCAGGACAACUAUGAAGCCAUAUGGGAAAAAAUAGAGGGGUUCGUGAACAAGCUGGCCGAGUUCAUUCACUGGUUACAGGAAGCCAUGGAGAGCACGGAGAACUGGGCGCCGCCCCGAGCAGAGACGGCCGGCCUGAAGCUGUACCUGGAGACCCACUUGAGUUUUAAGCUGAAUGUGGACAGUCAUUGUGCUCUUAAGGAAGCUGUGGAGGAGGAAGGACUCCAACUUCUUGAGCUUAUUGCAUCUCACAAAGCAGGACUGCAGGACAUGCUGCAGAUGAUCGCGAGUCAAUGGAAGGAGCUGCAGAGACAAAUCAAACGCCAGCACAGCUGGAUUCUCAGGGCUCUGGAUACCAUCAAAGCCGAGAUACUGGCUACCGAUGUGUCUGUGGAGGGUGAGGAAGGAACUGGGAGCCCCAAGGCUGAGGUGCGCCUGUGCUACCUGGAAGCGCAGAGAGAUGCCGUUGAACAGAUGUCCCUCAAGCUGUACAGCGAGCAGUACACCAGCAGCAGCAAGAGAAAAGAAGAGUUUGCUGAUAUGUCAAAAGUCCAUUCUGUGGGAAGUAAUGGGCUUCUGGACUUUGAUUCAGAAUAUCAGGAGCUCUGGGAUUGGCUGAUUGACAUGGAGUCCCUUGUGAUGGACAGCCACGACCUGAUGAUGUCAGAGGAGCAGCAGCAGCAUCUUUACAAGCGAUACAGUGUGGAAAUGUCCAUCAGGCACCCGAAAAAGACCGAGCUGCUUAGUAAGAUCGAAGCCUUGAAGAAAGGUGGCGUUUUACUACCAGAUGAUCUCCUUGAAAAAGUGGAUUCAAUUAAGAAAAAAUGGGAACUGCUUGGGAAAACCCUAGGGGAGAAGAUCCAGGAGACAAUGGCAGGGCACAAUGGGUCCGGCCCACGUGACCUGCUCUCCCCGGAAAGCGGAAGCCUGGUGAGGCAGCUGGAGGUCAGGAUCAAAGAACUGAAAGGGUGGCUGAGAGACACGGAGCUUUUCAUCUUCAAUUCCUGCCUGAGACAAGAAAAAGAAGGAACAACGAGUGCCGAGAAACAGCUGCAAUACUUUCAGACCCUCUGCUGUGAAAUCAAGCAGCGACGUCGAGGAGUGGCCUCCAUUCUGCGCUUGUGCCAGCAUCUUCUGGAUGACCGGGAGACGUGCAAUGUGAGCGCAGACCACCAGCCCAUGCAGCUAAUCAUUGUCAAUCUUGAAAGGAGGUGGGAAGCCAUUGUAAUGCAAGCCGUCCAGUGGCAGACUCGGCUACAAAAGAAGUUGGGGAAGGAGUCGGAGACUCUGAAUGCGAUUGAUCCCGGCGUGAUGGAUUUAAAUGGGACAACUGACGAUGCCCUGGAAUGGGAUGAAACUGACAUAAGUCAUAAAUUAAUUAGUUUGAAUGAAGAGUCAAACGAUCUUGAUCAAGAACACCCAGCUGGCAUGCCCACCUUGAAUCUUGAAGAGGCAGGGGGUGAAGACCCUGGCUGUGAAGAGGAGGCCGGCCAUCUUGGGGGACCUCACUAUGCGUCAAGUAUUACUGCCCCCUCCAGCCCACACGUCUACCAGGUGUACAGCCUCCACAACGUGGAGCUCUACCAGGACACCCACACGCCGUUUCUGAAAAACCACCCGAAGCUCACCGGUGUGACACAGCCUAUGGCUUUAACGAAGAGUCUCAGUAAAGAUUCUUCAUUUUCGUCUACAAAAUCUCUGCCAGAUCUUCUAGGGGGGGCCACUUUGGCAAAGCCCUGCCCUUGCCACGGAGGGGACAUGAGUCAGAAUUCAGGCAGUGAGAGUGGAAUCGUCAGCGAGGGAGACACAGUUGGUAGUUUUACCACCAACUCUGACAUGUGCUUGCUCCACGCAGGCGUUGGGUCGCCAAGCCCCCCUGACGCAGAGCAGCCGGACUCUAAAGUGGGAGAGGCAGUGGACAUGGUAAAGCACACAUGUCAAGAUGAGGACGAGCCGGUUACGCUUCCAAGUAGCUCUCAGCCAUCCAUCUCCCCAGGGAGUUGUGUCCAUGGAAAAGCCGGAGAUUUCAACAGUGUGACCAAACGUCCCCCUGAUUGUUUGGGAGAAGAAUUACAAGGAAAACAUGAUGUGUUUACAUUUUAUGAUUACUCCUACCUCCAAGGCUCGAAACUCAAAUUACCAGUGAUGAUGAAACAGUCACAAAGUGAAAAAGCACACGUGAAUGACCCUCUACUUCAUGGGUUUUAUUUUGAUAAAAAAUCCUGCAAAUAUAAACCUCGGGCUGCAGAGUUACAGCCAGAUGCACCUGCCCACGAGAGGCUUUUGGCGAGUGCAUCCCAGGAAAUGGGUCACAGUUCACAUAAGAGUGGCGAUGGGGAGAAGACCUUCCCGGGCAUGCAGAAUGCCAGGCAGCUCUCCCUGGUGUCUCGCAGCGCGUCCAUCGAGUCGCUUUCCCCCAGCGGGCAUUUAUUUGGACUGGGCAUCUUUAAAAAUGGCAGCGACAACCUGCCGCGUAGCGCUUCUUUAGAAAGUUGGUUGACAUCCUACAAAAGCAAUGAAGAUCUUUUCAGCUGUCACAGCUCUGGGGACAUGAGUGCCAGCAGCGGUUCGGUUGGUGAGCUGAGCAAAAGGACAUUAGAUCUCCUGAACCGUUUGGAGAACAUCCAGAGCCCCUCGGAGCAAAAGAUAAAGCGGAGUGUUUCCGACAUCACUCUCCAGAGCACUUCCCAAAGGAUGUCCUUUCCUGGCCAGCUGUCCUUGGACAUAGCGCCUUCUAUCAACGAAGACUCCGCGGCCUCGCUCACAGAACUCAGCAGCAGCGAUGAGCUCUCUCUUUGCUCAGAGGACAUCGUGUUGCACAAGAACAAGGUCCCGGAAUCGAACGCGUCCUUCAGGAAGCGCCUGCCUCGUUCGGUGGCGGAUGAAAGUGAUGUCAACGUCAGCAUGAUCGUGAACGUCUCCUGCACCUCUGCGUGCACCGACGACGAAGACGACAGCGACCUCCUCUCCAGCUCCACCCUGACCUUGACCGAGGAAGAGCUGGGCCUCAAGGACGAGGAGGACGACUCCAGCAUCGCCACCGACGACGAGAUGUUUGAAGACUGCAGCUUGAGGUCAGGGCUGGAUUAUAUCAAGAAUGAACUGCAGGCGUGGAUGCGGCCGAAGCUUUCCUUGGCCGGAGACGAGAGACGGUGCACCCUCGGUGAUGAACCAAAGCGCACGGAAGAUGUGAGCAGUGGCGACUGGACCAAUCCCUCGGAUACCCUGAACAUUGAAGCCCUUCUAAACGACUCUCUAAAGCAUCUCUCUGAAAGCAACGGAAACGACAAGAAUGUACCCCAUACCUACGAGACAGGGACAAAGGCAGAAAAUAAGAAAAACAUUUUCAAAGUUACUAAAGAUCCAUAUAUGGCUGACAUGGAGAAUGGCAACAUCGAGAGCGUUCCAGGGAGGCAGGAGGACAAACGGGGUGGCGUUUCAAAGGUAUCGGAACAUCUUGGGUCAACUGGGCAGAUGUCCGAAGGUGAGCUUUGUCAGUGUAGAGCGGUUCUAGGCAGCUCAGAUGAGUCGACUGCUGCUGGAAGGGAACGUGUUCCUCAAACUGUUAAGCGUCACCCAAAAAAAUGUCAAAACCAGCCCUCUGAACAUCAAAGUGUUACUCCUCUUUCCCCUGAGAAGUGGAGCCCAGCACCCCCUUCAGAAGACAGGGUUGCCGACAGAGAGGACCCUGAGGUCCUGACAUCAGCAUCUGUUGACCCAUCAACUGGGGGUGGACACGGUGCCGGUUGCCGCCGAGCCCCGGAAGAGAAUGCCACCGAGGACAGUGCUGCUUUCAGCGACAGCAUUGCCUGUGGCGACUGUGAGCCAGGUGUUCCCCAUCAAGAAGAUGCUGAAGAUUGUUCGGUACACAACUUUGUGAAGGAAAUCAUUGACAUGGCUUCAACAGCCCUGAAAAGUAAAUCUCAGCCUGAAAACGAGGCGGCGGCGCCUACGUCCUUAACUCAGAUCAAGGAGAAAGUAUUGGAACAUUCUCACCGGCCCAUCCAGCUAAGAAAAGGGGACUUUUAUUCCUACUUGUCCCUGUCCUCUCAUGACAGCGACUGUGGGGAGGUCACCAAUUACGUAGAAGAAAAGAGCAGCACUCCGGUGCCACUGGAUGCCGCCGACUCUGGUCUAGAAGACAAGGAAGACAUCGAGUGCUUCUUUGAAGCUUGUGUGGAGGGUGACCCUGAUGGAGAGAAGCCCGGUGUUCCCAUGACUCCUCUCCCUGGGCCCACGGUCCCCUGUGAAGCUGCAGUGUCGCUACAAGCCAAUGCUCGUUCAAGUCCUCCACCGCAGAAAGGGGCUCAUGCGGGAAAGGAAGGGGGUGGUCCUCCCCAAACUUCCAGUGCCUGUGAAGUCCUCUCAGAGUUAACUGCCCGCUCAGGGCCGGGCAGUGCCAAGGCGGGUCCAGGAGACCCAGGUGAAUCUGGGAUGGCAGAAAGCAGUGCUUCAGCCACGCCUGGGACGGCAGGUCUUUCUCUGAAGACCAAGCAGCCAGAGCAAAAGGCUGCCAGGCCUCCCGAUCCCCAAACUUUAGCCUGUGAAGAGAAUCUUCUACUCCUUCACGAGGAGCCACGCAGAAAUAUGCCUCGGUAGAUGUGACCCUCUCCACGCAUGGAAAUCAUCACAUUGAGAGAAACAGCCUGGUUGCAGCUCAGGGGUGGCCUUGUACCCCCAGCCUGGGCUGGUCUCUGGUGUCAUCACAUCACUGCCGUUCAUUACAUUGAGUUCUCCCAAGAGGAAUCUCCCUCUGAAUGCGGUUUGUCCACAUGAGCCCUGUGAUCUGGAUGUGUGCGCUGGUUCUCUUUAGGUGAUCGUCUUUGAAGUUCAGCAAAGCUGCUUGUUCUCCCUGGAGUCCUGCCCCAAGCUACCUCUACCAACCCUCUCUCCAGCAAGACCGUUCUGCUUGCCUCUCUCCCCGCUGAUCUCUAAAGUUCUACAGUUCAUCACAUGGAUGGUUCAUUAAGUUCACCUGUCUGACCAGUACUUGACCACUUUUUUUGGAUUUUUUAAAAUAGUAGGAAGCCUAUGUUUAUUUGAAAGAGGUUUUACCUAAAAAGCCAACUUACUUAGUUUUUAAAUUGCAGCAUAGGGAAGAAACACUGGUCCUGCUUUAAAAAUUAAGCCACUUUUUAAAGCACCAUAUUAUCUACUCCAUUUAAAAAAUAAUCUAUGCAGCACUUCAAGAAACAACUAUCUAGUGUUGUAUAUUAUAACGUGUGACAUUCAACGAUUGGAUUGUUUACCACAGUUUUGUUUUUUAUGCUUCUUGAGGUGGUAAUGAGAAAAAAAGUUUUUUUUUUUUUUUUUAAAAAGUGUGCCUUGCUGUAUUUCUUAUACCAUUUAUUAAAAAGCUGCUUUCACAGUAAAAUUGUAUUGGUUUGAAAGGAGGAAAUAGCAAGGUUAAGAUGUGUGAAUAAUUUCUGUAUAUAUGUAUAACCAAGUACAAACAUUGAUGUAUAAUGACAGUAUAAAUGCUUUCAUGUUUGUGAUGUCUAGUGAUGUGGAAAAUAGAAGCCUUAAAUCCAUUAGAUUGCAUGGUAAUUAAAAUUGGCAUAAUAAACAUAGUUUAAUGGGGGAAAAGGAAAACUACUGAUCUCUUUUACCUGUGUUCUUUACCAAAUUGUUGUAUCUGUUUCUGGGAAGAUAUAAUAUUUAAAGGCUUCCAAAAUGCUUAUGUUGCAUAAGAGGCUUAAAAUUUACUGACCCUAGAAACUGGACAUGACAUCAUCACCAUUUUCAAAGUCAUUCUGGUCACGAUAAAGAUCUUGAAACAGCGUAUCAUUAAAUGCCAAUUCCCCUAAAUCAAUUCAAAUUUAUACCAGAUUUUUAUUUCAUCUUAUCAUCAAUGACUGAAUGUUGGGCUUCAGGAUAGCUUGUAUGUCAUAUUUAUUUUACAUAAUUAUUUUGAGUGAGUUUGCUAGAAAGAUGGUAAGUAAGUACGGAAAAAUCUGACAAUACUUUGGGGUUAGACUAUAGAUUUCAGGUAUAUUUAUUUUGUCUAAAAGAAACUAGCAAAGAAAUAUUCCAUUUUGUCUUUAUGGACUCUUCUUACAUUCAGUAUUUUAUCUAUAUUAUAGUGUCUACUAAAGUGCCUGACAAACUGUCGGUGGUAGUACAAAUUUACUGAGUUGAAGUAUUGAGCAAGGUAGCAUGGAUGGCACCUGGCUCUUUGUUUCACAGAGACACAUAGGAAUCUGCUUACAAACGAAGUAGGCCACUGCAGACCCCGGAUAGCGCAGUUCUACUCUGGUAAGCAUGAGGUCACUCCAAGUGAGAACCAACCUUGUGCCAGUUGGAGCACUGAAACAGACGCAUUGAGGAAAAGAUAUACCAUAAUCUGUAGACCAACACAGUCUAAUUGAUAUAAAAAUUCAAAAAGGGAAGAUCUUUGUGAAUUCUUGUGGACAUGAGAAUGACAAUCAUUCAACAGAUCAAUCAGAAACACCUUUUUUUUAUGUGCAGGACACUGGUCUAGGAAUUGCACUGAUGAACAAGCAGAAAAAGACCCCAGCCUCAGGAUACUGAUCUACAUUGGGACGAAGUGAACACCCCAGUGGGCUGCAUGCUUGUCCUAGAGGUGAGAAAAAGAGAAGGCACGGUGGGAGGAGGCACAGGGAAGCAGCAUAGAGGAAUGAGGGGGGAAAGAGAGGGUUAGGAGAGAUCAGAAAGACAACAGGCUAUGAGUGAAAUCGUGAUGAAAAGGGCUGUAGGAGAUGAGGUCAAUAGAGGAUUUCCUGAAGAAGCCUUUAAAAAUCAAAGCUUUUGUAUGCUAGGUGGUGAGGAAGCUUUGUAAAGUUGUCUUCUUUCUUAUUUUUUUAAUUAUUAUUUUAUUAUUAGAGCAUAGAUAAGGAUUUUUAAAAGAUUCACCCAUAACUCUACCAUUUUAAUGACUAUUUGGUAUUAUGCCCCUUCUAAGCGUUUUCCUAUUCCUGAACAAAGGGCUCACUUUAGGUUCUUGAGUAGCUAUGUUGUUGAAAAGGAUUUUGAAAAGGCAGUUGUGUCGAGUUCGAAUGUAUGAGGGGAGUAAAGAUGCAGAGAUAAAAGUCCAGCUAGGAGACAGAUGAAGAAAACAAGCCAGGUUUCAGAUGAUCAUGGCAUCUACCAGAAGUGGCCCAGAAUGGAAGAAAAAGAUUUUUCUACCUACUCGUCAAGCAAAAAGACAAAAACCCUAUACUCUUUGAAAUACCUAACAGCAUUCCGAAUCACUAGGACAUGGCAUUUUUUUACCUUCUGAAACAACCUACCUUUCCCUUAAGCAAAGCUAGAGCAAAGAGUCUAUCUCCUGGUAGACCCUUCAAGGGACAAAAAGCAGGAUGUUCUAGUUAUGUGAACUGUUGGAUGACCAGGGAAGGCCUUGGAGCAUCUGAAAGAUUCAUUUGUGAAUAAUUAUCUGCUUCGUACUAAUACUACAUUUGUAGGAUGACCUUUAGGUUUUGUGAGGAAGCGACAGUUUUUCAGAUCACAAGGAAUGGAAUAGCAUCAGACUCUCACCCAGGCAAGUUCUGCCUUCCCAAUCACCCUUGAAAGGGUCAUCUGCCCACACACUUCCAGGGACCUUGGUUCAUCGUCUGUUUAAGUAAGCGGUUGGGCAUGUCUCUGUUAGAAGAUGUUUUCUUUGGUUGUUAAAAUCUGCGUAGUUACCUCCCUCCCCUAGCCCAUGAAUUUUUGCUCUCCAGUCGGUCCCCAUUCUGACCCAACAAGAGGCUUCAGAGCAUCUCUCCAUCUUCUUUUGCAUGACACCCCCAAAGAUAACUGAGGCCAGGUGUACAUUUGCUCCCCAACAUGACUUUCAUUUCUGAGUUCCUUCAAAUGUCCUGCGGAUGUCAUGAUUUUCUGAUUUAUUUCAACCUGGCUGAAUGUUAACAGACAGAAUCCUUGAGAUUAAGGACACUGUAUUCAUCAUCAUACAUGUAGAAAAAAAAUCUGAACAUUUAAGUGCUAAGUUUUCUCUAAAAAUAUAUUCCAGAUAUGUUUAUUCUAUUAUUGUAAAUUUCAAUAAAUAAAUGAAUAAAUAAAAGGAAUCCCCGGCUUCCUUCA